UGUGUUGAAAAAGAAUAUAUCAAGUUAGGAGAAGUUGAUUUGAAUUCAUUUGGUUUAUUUCUUUCUUUCGAGAUGGAUCGAUUUAUUUUGGGCCUGAUUUCUUUACAUCUGAUGACUUUUAAUGUUUUGGCGGGUGUGAUUGUAACACCGACAUUAAUUGGCGAAACUUACAUUCAACCUGAUUUAUCUUCUAUUAGAAAAAUUCCUAUUGAAAAUCCAAAUUACAGUAAUUUGGGAUUUUAUAUUUUAAAUGUUGACAAAUCUCCAAGUAGUGCUUUAAAAAAUAUUAAUUUUCACGAUCCUCAUACGAAAGAAGUUUUAAUUAAUAGUGAAUUGAUAAAAAAAAUGGAAAUUCUUCCUCCUGGAUAUGUUUCUUUGGCUGGAAAAAUUAAUACUCCCCCUGGAUAUAGUGUCACAAAUGAGGAAAAAAACGACGAAAAAUAUUUUAACUAUUUUAUUGCAUAAUAACAUGAUUAAUCUAAUCGUUGUACAAUUGUUUUUAAUAAAUAUUUUGUGAAUAUA